AUGAAGUUGUUAUUUUUGUUUACCAUCGGUGUUUCCAUCGUAUUUGGAUAUCCGAGUUUGGAUGUUAAUCGAGAUGCCAUUAUUAAUGAGAGGAGUGUUAGAGCGGCCAUAAUAAGUAACAAUCGAGUGGUACGGUAUGAAACGCAGCCAAUGCCACGUAUUGGAGGCAAAGGUGGGUUGCAACAAUAUAUCUGCCUGGGGCAGUAUUUCUCUACUUGGGGCUGUAAUAUUAUAAAUAAGUUAUGUCAUUUAUGCAAAGUUAAUCAUACAUAUUGCAUACAGUAACUAAAUGUAAUACAAUAAGCAAUUUUCAAGGUAAAGACACAUGUCUUGACAGAACAGGCAAAACACGAAAGGAUGGAGAAGAAUACGAAUGUACGAUGGGGAAGUUCAAGCUGAGAUGUAACAAAGGCCAAGAAGAAGUUAUCGGUACGUUUUGACAUUAAAAAUAUUUUACAAUUUACUAAAAUAUUGUGAGUUAAGACGUUUUUAAUUAUGUAAAAAACAAAAACCAUGCAGUAUCUUACAGCAUGUCUCGGAUCUGACCGUACUGACGAUACUUGGCUCAAAGUCGGCGAAACUUUGAAUAAAAAUGGAUUUUGGCACAAAUGUGAGAAGUUUGAUAACACUAGUGUUGUGUAUCAUCAAGGUAAGGCUUUUUCAAAUAAUAUCGACUAAUAUUUAGCCCUUAUCUUCUUGAAGUUCAAUAAAUUGGGUUUAAAUUGUUGAUAAAACUUUAAAAAUAACAAAAAAAUUAAAAAUAAAAAAGUUUAGAACUAUCGUGUCGAGACGCCAACAGAAAAGAAGUUCACAUUGGAGAUGAACUAACCGUCGCAUCUCUGCGUCUGAAGUGUGUAGUAGGAGGUUACGAGCCCAUCGGCUGCUUCAUCCAGUCCAAGUCCGGUGAUGUUAGCCUAAAAGAAGGUGAGGAAAAGACCAUCGAUGGAUUUCCAUUCAAAUGCAAAACAGAAACUCUUCACCGUGCCAAAAGAGAUGGCACUCCAGUAUUGGGGGCUGGUGUAGCUACUCACGGUACCGGCUCUUGGACUAGACUGGAAUUCCCAACAGCUGACGAACUGGGAAAGACUGGAUCUGAAAUCAAGGCUGAUCCGGAAGAUGGUAAUGUGCAAGGCAGUAAAAGUCAACAACAAACUGUCAAUGCUCAGCCAAUUACCGUUCACAAAGCUGAACCAAAGCCAGCACAGGCAGAGAAUAAUGGAAAGUCUUAUUGA